GAUUUGUCCCAAUCACUGCCUGAUUAUGAUUUGACUAUACGCUUAAGCAAACCCCGACAAUGCUGCGACUCACAGCAGCGGGUUUCGUGACCUUCCUUGUCAGUCUCGUCGCCCAAGCCAAAGAAACCGGCGCGGACGCCUGCGACAGCGGAAAUUGCCCAUGGCUAGCGCAAUGCAAUGACGUGCUUGGGUCGAUAGACUGCAGCGACUGCAAGCCGGGCGCAGUCCACGCCAGCCUUGUGGGCUCGUCAAAACUGGACUGUGUUAAUGACGGUAACCUGGUGUGCGACACUGCACCCUGGACGACACCGCGUCUAGUCAAUGCCUGCCACGACGAGGACGACUGUCCCUGGGGAUACGAAUGGAGCGAUGAAAGCAGGUCGUGCGUGGACGUGGACGAGUGUGAGGAGGGAACACACGAGUGUGGCGACAUUGCCCGGUGUGCAAACGUGCCGGGCAUCUACGUGUGCGUGUGCCCGAAGCUGCAAGACCACUACGUGGGGACGUUCACGGGGAGGUACCGGUUCUCCAGGACAUUGAAAAGCUGCAUUGAUGACUCGGCGGACCCGGUGUGCACCUACCCGCAGUUCCGCUACAACGGCACGUGUGUGUCGGAUGCCUGCGCCGACACGUGGUGUGGUGAUAACGAGAUGUGCAUGACGUCGGUGGAUGGCAAGACCGCCGAGUGUGCCUGCAUGGGGGAGCUGGACGAGGACGACAAUUGCACGGCACCGUUCGAGUGAUGGCAUCACACCAUACAUGACACGCAAGCAGGCGGGGCACUGUGAAGUGCCCAAGCCCGCCCUGGCCGCUGUGGACGGCAGGCUGGCUGGGGUGUCAAACCAGAUGGCAGUGCCCUCGGUGUGGGUUUUGCAUGUACCGUACAUGCUUUUGGGCGAUCCUAGGUGGUGAUUCUGGUAUCCAUGAGCGAUGAGCGUGCGAUGGCAUGUGCCUGAUAUGCAGCUGGUAUGUGCCGUAUCAUAGGUGCUUCAACUGGUGUCUAGUGCACAGGUGUUGCUCGCUGCUUGCUGGAGCUGGCCACACAUUGCUUGGGUGGGUUGCUAGGCGGGGGCACCGCGUGGGGAGCAAGUGAAGCGCUUGGCAGCUCGCGGAAUUUACGAAUUGUGUCGUGCUGUGGUGGCAUGGCAAGCAGGGAAGACGUCCACUGAUAAGGGUUCCCGCCGUAGAUACGUCGGCGCAAAGCAUCUUCGAUGAGCGGUUC